AUGGCGACAAGAGUUCUUCUUCUUCUGUUUCCAGGUAAAACAUAUCUUGUGCUGUAUGAUGCUGUAUUUAAUAGAUGAUUCCAGCUCUACAGUAUAGACUAAUUUUGAUCAAGACAAGGACGAAAUCUAUCAUUAUAGCUUAAAAGAACAUCCUUAAGAAGAAGAGCCGAAAGUGGUUAUUUUUACCGCACGUAAUAAUUGUUAAUUUCACAGGGCUAUAUUUUUCGUAUUUUACUACACUUCCCAACCAAAUUUUGCAAUUUUUUCUAAUUUUAGGAUUCUCUUUUGAGCUAUAAUGAUAGAUUUCGUCUUUCUUGUCUAGAUAAAAAAAUAAUCGAUGGCUGAAAUCAUCCAUUCCUCGUUCAAUCCUAUUACUAUUCCUUGUUGAACAGUUGCGAGGGAUAAACCAAGCGGAAAUCGCAAUCUUGUUAUAAAUAUUAAUGCCCAGCAUUUAAAAACAUUACUUUACGUUUCGUCUGAUAUUCGAGAUAUCUUCAGAGUUAAUGGAGUAGGAGAUAAAAUGCACUUCUGAGGCUGGGGGAACUUUUUGUGGCAGACCAUACCGUCUGUUUGAAGGCAAAGACACUAUAAACGAAACUGAUCACAGUAGUAGGAAUUUUGCAUGGGGAAAUUCUUAGUUUUGAAGAAUUUGUAAGAAAUGUGUGAGAACGCCUGUAUUCUAAAAGCUCACUCACACUCAAAGAAUGGAGGUUCAAUCCGAGCUUCCUUGGAGUGUCAAUACUGUUUUUGAAUAGCUGGAGGGUUAGUGUAGUACCUUACUAUGUGACUACUCAUCCUCCAGCUAUUCAAAACCAGCAUUGACACUCAAAUGAAGCUCAGAUUGAACCUCCAUUCUUGGCAGAGACUGCUCACUGACAAUUUCCUUGCGGUGGUACUAAAUGUGUAUGUAUGUAUACUGUAUCUGAUCAUGUAAAUCCUUGCUUUCUUUUAAUUUCAUUUCUUUCUAUACAGUGUUCUGCUUGUUACCGCUGACUUCUGCUCAUGACAACAAAGCUCAUUGGAUAGCAGACGAUGAGAAACGUCUCGUCAAUGUUCUCUUUAACAAUUACAGUAAUGUCAUUCGUCCUGUUGAGAACAAGAAAAAUCCUGUGCCUGUUUAUUUGGGAAUUGCAUUGACUCAGUUAAUUGAUCUGGUGAGAUUCGUUCUCAUUAAUAGACCUUACCGAUUAUUCUCUUUUACCCAAUCGCCUCGUUUCCAUGUUAACUUAUUUUAGCAUGUCAGUGGCAGAUAAAGCUUAUAUUCCCAUGUUUUCCUGGACGAAUUUGUUUCUCGCUGUUCUUAGGCUCAAUAACAAAGUAACUUUCAACACUACCAAGCACAAAACAUGAGAAAGUAUUUGACACGAAAACGAGGCCAUUGGGUAAGAGAGAAUAAUCGGUAAGGUCUAUUACGCUCAGUGGGCUUCACGUAUAUCUUUCCGAUACUUUCCACUAUUUUGCUAUUGUUAUUUCUAAUCAUUCCUAUUUCUAAUAGAAUGAAAAAGAUCAAAUUCUCAUAACCAGCGUGUGGCUUCGAUUUGUAAGUUUUUAUCCUUGUCAGAGCAUGUUUCUUUUACCACUGUGAUCCAGGGAUUCAUUCCUCAGCAAUAUGCAGUUGUCUCAUUAUAAUUUCACCUCAGACAUUUGUAAGAAUAGAAUGCUUGUUCAGCUUGACUCUAUCAGACACCGUAUGUCCACAAAGUACUUUGGUUUCCUCCUGUAGUAACACUGGGUCAAUAAGAGAUGACUCUUACUCCAUGGAUCUCUAGGGAGAACAGUUUAGAACUGAUAGAACUAUCCAGUAUAAAUAAAGUUAGUUUAGUUUAGGUUUCCUCCUGUAGUAACACUAGAUCAAUAAGAGAUGAUCCUUACUGGACCUCUAGGAAGAACAGUUUAGAACUGAUAGAGCUAUCCAGUAUAAAUAAAGUUAGUUUAGUUUAGGUUUCCUCCUGUAGUAACACUGGAUCAAUAAGAGAUGAUCCUUACUGGACCUCUGGGAAGAACAGUUUAGAACUGAGAUAGCUAUCCAGUAUAAAUAAAGUUAGUUUAGUUUAGGUUUCCUCUUGUAGUAACACUGGAUCAAUAAGAGAUGAUCCUUACUGGACCUCUAGGAAGAACAGUUUAGAACUGAUAGAGCUAUCCAGUAUAAAUAAAGUUAGUUUAGUUUAGGUUUCCUCCUGUAGUAACAUUGGAUCAAUAAGAGAUGAUUCUUACUGGACCUCUAGGAAGAACAGUUUAGAACUGAUAGAGCUAUCCAGUAUAAAUAAAGUUAGUUUAGUUUAAGUUUCCUUCUGUAGUAACACUGGAUCAAUAGGAGAUGAUCAGUUACUGGACCUCUAGGAAGAACAGUUUAGAACUGAUAGAGCUAUCCAGUAUAAAUAAAGUUAGUUUAGUUUAUGUUUCCUUCUGUAGUAACACUGGAUCAAUAGGAAAUGAUCCUUACUGGACCUCUAGGAAGAACAGUUUAGAACUGAUAGAGCUAUCCAGUAUAAAUAAAGUUAGUUUAGUUUAUGUUUCCUUCUGUAGUAACACUGGAUCAAUAAGAGAUGAUCCUUACUGGACCUCUAGGAAGAACAGUUUAGAACUGAUAGAGCUUUCCAGUAUAAAUAAAGUUAGUUUAAAGAUAAAGAGCAAAGCCCAGCAAAUAACUUCAAACCCAAACAUAAUAAAAGGAAAAAAAUUAAUUAGCUAACGUUUCGUUGUUUUCAAUACAACAUCUUCAGAGCAAUCUAAAUGAACUUACGGGGUAUGGUAUAUAUAUUUACAAAAUAAUGGUUUAAUAUUACAAAAACGGUUACAUGUAGUUUGAAAGAACAAAUGAAUAGAAAGAAAGGAAAACAACUUGUCAGUAACUAGUUAAUAAUUAAAGAUUAAUGUUAAGUGCAUGGUUAGUAUAGUUAAGGUUAAUAUUACAUAACUAAAAUAACUAAGAUUAAAAAAAAGAUUUAAAUUAAGAUUAAGAUUUCCGCCUGGUGUAUCGAUUGCCACAGUUAUAAAUAAAGUUAGUUUAUAGUUUGUUUCCUUCUGUAGUAACACUGGAUCAAUAGGAAAUGAUCCUUACAGGACCUCUAGGAAGAACAGUUUAGAACUGAUAGAACUAUCCAGUAUAAAUCAAGUUAGUUUAGUUUAAUUGGCUACUUUCCUAAACGUUUGACAUGUUUCAAUAUAGCGAUGGAAAAACAGUUUCUUGAUAUGGAAUUCGUCAGAAUUUGGUGGUAUUACGUCUAUCAAUGUUGAACCAAACAUGGUCUGGCUGCCUGAUAUUGAACUAUAUAACAGGUGAUUCUUGAAUUUUUUUGAAUAAAAUAACAUUUUCCUCACUAACUCAAAACUAGCCAUUCCACCUUAGCUGUGCUCCAUGACCAGACAUGGCUUGUAUGGUGACAGUCAGAGACUCCCUAGUAAGCCUUUGACUCAGCCGCUGCGUCCGGCGCAGUUCAGUUCUUAAGGUACGUUUACACGCUGCAAUUUGUCGUGUACGGUUCGUAUUCUGGCGUAUGUGAUCGUAAACAUAGAGAUUAUAAAUAACACUAGAGGAGGCAUCGAGUUUAAAAAUUGGGAACGCAGCUAAUGGGGGGCAAAUUCAAGUCCCGGAUAUAAAAUCGUGCUCUCAUUGGCUGAUUUGAAACUCGUCACCAAUGGGAACACGAAUACACAUCCGGGACUUGAAUUUGCCCCCAAUAGUCGCGUUCUCUUUUUUUUACUGAAUUAAGAUUACAAUGCCUCCUCUAGUGUUAUUUGUAAUCUCUAUGAUCGUAAAGUGGUGGCGUCAGCAGUGAUGGCGUCGGACUUCAGCAGUGGUGGCGUCAGCAGUUGUGGCGUCAGCAGUGGUGGCGUCAGCAGUGAUGGCGUCUGCAGUGAUGACGCCAGAAUACGAAUCAUACAGGACUCAGCGUGUAUAUGUAGCUGUAACCUGCGAUCAGGCGUAUAAAUAAAUAAAUAGGCCUGAUACAAAUCUUAACAAACGUCCAUGUUUUUACAACCGUAUUUCGGUUGUAAAUCUGAUUGGUUUACUAGACAAAAGAUUUUUUAAUCUGUCAUUUGAUUGGUUGGUGCUAAUUUCAUUAUAUAUUAUAUGUUUAAUAUGUUUAUAUGUUUAAUAAUAAAUUUUGUCACACACAACAAUUAUUUACAAAAAAUGUCAAAUAAUGUAAGUUAAAUAUAAAUAAUGUAAGUUAAAUAUAUUGUCGUUGAUAUAUUUAUAGUGAUCACAACUAUAAUUAGAUUGUUGUUGUCGUUGUGUGAAAUUUAAAUUUCUCCUGCGACAUUUUGAUUGGAUACUAAAUAUAAACUUUCCUGUGGGUGGAAAGCGAUCGGAUUAAGGAUUGUGUCAGGCUAUUAUUUGUAAAAUAGAGCCUGAUCGCAGGUUAAUGCAGCUGUAGCUGCAAGAGAUGAAGUGUUAAGGCGGAUUUACACUGCGCAACUUUUGCCUAAAACUGUCGCAUGCAACCUGCUUACAACUUGAGUUGUAUUGUGUAAAUCAAGCACACAACUUGCCUACGUUGUCAUAUCAGCAUUAACACCCUCUAACGUUACUUUCUUAUUUCCAGUGCAAGCGGCUAUUUAUCAGACAGCUUCAAGAAGAAAGUGAUUAUCCAUUCCAAUGGUAAAAGCGAGUGGUUCAUUCCAGUAGUUUUGCGAAGUUUUUGUCAAGUCGAUAUAGAAUAUUUUCCAUUUGAUGAGCAAACUUGCACACUACGUUUUGGCUCGUGGACGUAUCAUGGUUUGCAGCUGGAUUUUAAAUUGAUGGAAGGUAGCACUGAUCUUAAGAAGUAUCAAAGUAGUGGAGAAUUUGAGCUGAUCACAUUUACUGCCGACAGAAAAGUUUCAAACUACAGGUAUGUUAACAAAGAAGAUUUUAUCCGUAUUAGAGAGGUGUUCGUGUUAGAGAGGCGUCCGUAUUAGAGAGGCGUCCGUAUUAGAGAGGUGUGCAUAUUAAAGAGGUGUGUCUGUAUUAGAGAGGUGUCCGUAUUAUAGAGGUGUGUCCGUAUUAAUAAGGUGUCCGUAUUAGAGAGAUGUCCGUGUUAAAGAGGUGUCUGUAUUAGAAAGGUGCCUGUAUUGGAGAGGUGUCUGUAUUAGAGAGGUGCCUAUAUUAGAGAGGUGUCUGUAUUGGAGAGGUGUCCAUAUUAGAGAGAUGUCUGUGUUAGGGAUGUCCGUAUUAGAGAGGUGUCUGUAUUAAAGAUGUGUGUCCGUAUUAGAGAGGUGUCUGUAUUAGAGAGGUGUCUGUAUUAGAGAGAUGUCUUUAUUAGAGAGAUGUCCGUAUUAGAGAGGUGUCUGUAUUAGAGAGAUGUCUGUAUUAGAGAGAUGUCCGUAUUAGAGAGGUGUCUGUAUUAGAGAGAUGUCUGUAUUAGAGAGAUGUCCGUAUUAGAGAGGUGUCUGUAUUAGAGAGGUGUCCGUAUUAGAGAGAUGUCCGUAUUAGAGAGGUGUCUGUAUUAGAGAGAUGUCCGUAUUAGAGAGAUGUCCGUAUUAGAGAGGUGUCCGUAUUAGAGAGGUGUCUGUAUUAGAGAGAUGUCUUUAUUAGAGAGAUGUCCGUAUUAGAGAGGUGUCUGUAUUAGAGAGAUGUCUGUAUUAGAGAGAUGUCCGUAUUAGAGAGGUGUCUGUAUUAGAGAGGUGUCCGUAUUAGAGAGAUGUCCGUAUUAGAAAGGUGUCUGUAUUAGAGAGAUGUCCGUAUUAGAGAGAUGUCCGUAUUAGAGAGGUGUCUGUAUUAGAGAGGUGUCCGUAUUAUGAAGAUGCGUAUAUUAGAGAGAGGUCCUGAUGUCGCCAAUUUUAAGACUAAAAACUAACCCGGCGGGCUUUAACAAGCGCCCUGCCUUCGACAGUUCAACUUGGUUCAAUACUCAGCUCAGGGUAAGGAUUACCCAAACUUUAUCUCUUGCUUCCUGAAUCAACCCGAUCCUUAAUUCCUUUCCAACAUAUUUUCUUCUCUAGCUGUUGUGACGAGCCAUAUAUAAACUUAGUCUUCACCAUUCAUUUUCGCCGCAAAAUGUUAUUCUACUUGAACAACCUUGUGGUCCCGUGUGUCCUCAUAACUCUUGCUUCACUCUUCACCUUUAUUCUGCCUCCCACCACAGGAGAGAGAGUGACCUUGGUCAUCACCACGCUAUUAUCACUCACUGUUUUCAUGCUCAUGAUCGCCGAAAACACGCCGACGAAUUCCGAUGUCACGCCGAUGAUCGCGAAAUUUUUCAUGGCUUCAAUGUUGGAGAUAGGACUUGCGUUAGUGAUCACGUGUCUUAUUCUGAACGUGUAUCACUCGACUCGGCAUGCCCUCUCAUUGCCGCGUUUCAUUCGAAUUCUCGCAAUCGACGUACUCGCCCCACUCCUUCUCAUUGCGACGCCGAAAAAGAGAAAAUCUUCCAGAGCAUCAAAACCGCAACAGUCACCACGGGAGACUAAGCACGAGGGAUUUUUGCUAACUCAGACCUUACCUAAUCAUAAUCAUCGACCAAUGAACGGUCAUAUUCGAAGGGACGUCAUGGACUCACCUGAUGACGUCAUAUAUCGUCACCAUUCUCCGGAUAAUAACUCGGACUCUGAUACUGAACGUCACGUGACCAUACAUUGCUCAUGCCGUGGAGGCAUGGGAGCUAGUAAUACACAAGAGCGGUUACUAAGCCAUAUUAAAUAUUUGGCGGAGCGGGAGUAUGAUCGCGAGAGACAAGAGGCAGUCCUUGACGAGUGGGAAAUUGUGGCGAAAGUAGCAGAUAGAUCGUUCUUGGUGUUGUUUAUAGUGACUAUCAUUUGCACUUCGCUCAUGAUCUUUACUAGCGCGCCUAGACAUCCCGAGAAAGGCAUUUGAAACGACGUCGGCCGUGGCAGGUUGGAUGAGAGCUGACGAGAGUUAGCAAGAGAGCGUUUAUAUGAGAGAGUUUAUAAACUACAUCUCUUAACGGUCUAUUUGAUUUGUCUCCAAAUGCCAGACAUUCUCAAGUAUUUAUUCAGAGAAUUAGACUGCGGUUCACGAUGUUGAACAAACCGCGAGAUAAGUGUGGCCGGGUGGUGUUUAGAAUUUGUGAAAAUUGUCUUGACUGAUGAAAUAAUGUCUAUAAUUCUAGCUAGUUCGUAUGAAUAUUUCGUCUUGUCACACUAGGCUGAGUUACACUUUCAAAGUUUCUGUCAUCACACUAGGAAUUUUACAUAUACUUCACUCUUAGUUUUGAAGGAUUUUUAAGAAAUGUUUGAGGGAACUGGCUCAUUGUUUAACACUGCGUCAGUUCGCACAAACAUUUCUUGUAAAUCCUUCAAAACUUAGAAUUUACCCAUGAAAAAUUCCUACUGUGAUCACAGAAACUCAGUUGAUAGUGUACACCAGACCUGAGACAGAUGCCCUAGUUGAUCUGAAUCGUGUACAGUGAAUAGCAGAUGCAGGCCUGCAAAUUAGUGUCGGUCAUCGGCCACAAUGUCUGGCCAAAACCGCCAAAUUUUAACCGAGUUUUGUCCGACCAAAGCCUUUUAUGACCAGACACGUGACCGACUGAUUUAGGCUGGUGACAUGUCCAAUCUCAAAAAUGGAUUUUUAACACAUUUUUUUAUUACUGAAACCAAACCAAAGCAAUAUAAACAAUAUCGCUGCAUUAAACCGUACGAUUUAACGACCAAUACAAAUCUAAAUCACCUUCACAGGGCUGCAAAUAAAUAUUUGACUUGACAGGACAUUUGUCCGAUCACUUUUAAUUUUGGUCGGACAUAACGUGAAUUUAGUCGGACAAAAACCAACAUCACUAAAUUUGGUCGGACAUAUAUACGUCACAAGAUAUAUAGGCUAUAAGUCACAGGACAAGUAUGUAUGCCAUUCCGGCGCAACGUUAAGUAAAAUGCUAGAACGCCUAGUAAAUUUUAUUGCAAAAUACAAAUUGAGUGAAUUUGCAAUCGGAUUUUGUCACAGCGAAAAAUGUAUAAUGUGACAAUUUGUUUUGUGUGAUCGGACCAAUGUCCGAUCAAAAUCACUUUUGCUCGGACAUUUGCCAAAUUUAGUCGGACAUUGUCCGAUGUCCGACGGUGAUUUGCAGCCCUGCCUUCAUACAGAAACGAGAAUAUGGAAAAUUUUACUUUGUCCAUGUAAAUGUCUGACCACUUUUCGUCUUGGCCGAACAUUUUUCCAAGAAGAAUAAUUAUUGCAGGUCUGCAGAUGCGAGGACAACAUAUACAACAUGUCUUGCCAAACGCCGAUCAGUCACUAUGGAAUACACGGCCGAGCCAAUAUUAAUACUCUGCUGCAGCUGACAAUAUAAUCAUUAUAUUACAAUAGCAAUCAUAUUAUAACUUUUUAUCUACAAUGGCUCAGCCCAAUCAAGAAACUGACGAGGUCAUCCGCCAUCCAGCCAAGCACACGCCGUUAUAGCCGUGAAAGAAAACGUUGGCCGGUUUUAAUUAAACUACGCGAGCGUGUGGUUUAGUAAUAACUCCCCUCGAAAAUUUGUUAAUAAAAUUCUUAAUUAAAAUUUGUAAUUUUCUGUUAAAUCCCCUCGACCACGAUUCAGUUUAGAAAAUAAUUUUUCUCCGGUUUGUUCUAACUUUUCAAGGAUAGCGAGAUUGUAACAUCGAGCGAGAUCAUUGAAACAGAAUUUGAAAUGCAAAAUUUGAUUGGAUUCGCUUUGAUUAAUAUUUUCAGACACAUGGCUUGUUUUAUACACGCGUUAUAUAUUAUUUACGAUUACUCAUAUUUACUUAAGCCUGUCGAGGCAAAAGUUACACUAAUAUAUAAACUACGUUAGAAUACAUCAUAGUUUAUGUACAAAAGUUUUAGUUGAGCGUUCAAAUAUAAGUUUAUUAAGUUAAACGGUUAUAACUGGUGUAGUAUACUUAACGUUUUCCGCGCAAAAUAUGCGACUUCUAAACGGCCGUUUCAUGGCAGCAUAUCUCGGGCGAUUUGUAAGCAAAUACAGACGGUGAACGACUGUUAAUGUUUGCAGAAGUGACUCCGAGAUAAUCACUUGCUCCGUAGGUCACAGCAGAAUCAUAAGUUGAACUUGUGUAGUCAGUAGUGCGCAAGCCACAGAAACCUGCACGAUUCCUAGAUGGGACCACACCGUCUCUCACGUUUCCCCGCGGUAAAACGCGCGCAAUCUUAUCACAAAACACGCAGAGGACUGCACGGAAUUCUCGGUCGAAAACCGAGUAAAUUAUUGGGUUCGCAGCGCUGCUUAUACGGGGCAAAGUAGAGACAAAUAUUAUGCCAAUAAUCUGCUGCGCCAGUAUACUUAAGUUCUGAGAGAUGCACUUCUUCAGGCAGUGUUGCAGAAUCAACAACAAGACGAAGAGCGGAAGCCAACAAACAAGAAAUGUCCCCACAACGAUCAUUAACGUCUUCGUGGCUUUCAGUUCACGGAUUAGCAUUCUCGUUUGCGCAGAUUUGUCGAGUUUUGUGCCAGAUUUAUCAUAUUUGACUGUUGAGUGAGCCUUGAUCAUCAUUGCUUGACGAAAGGCAAGAUUAAACACCAUCGAAUAAGCAACAACUAGAAUGACUAACGGAAGAAAUAUACCAAGAAUGGGUACGACCAGAUAAUAAGUCUUGUCGAUCUUUAGACAAGCAGGAGUGUGAUAUAACUUGGCAUCGUCAGACCAUUUUGUGAGCGACAACGAGCUGAGGACGGCCGCAUAACACCAGACCGAAAUUAUAGCAAUUGCUGCCCGUUUCCCGUUGACGAGUCUCUGAUAUUUGAAAGGAUAUGAUAGGGCUAGGAAUCUAUCUAUAGCGAUCAGAGCAACGUUUGUAGUAGAAGCUGCACUGCAUAAAAAAUCCAUAAACAUCCAUAUUUCGCAUCCUUGAGGGCCCAAAUCCCACACCAUCGAGUUGACGUAAUGAUGAAUGCGAAACGGAACAAUCGUCGCCGCAAUUAAGAUAUCACUCACGGCUAACGAUACAAUGAAAUAAUUUGUAGGCUUUCGGAGUUUUCUAGUGGAACAAACAGCAACGACGACCAUCGUGUUUCCUAAGAGAGCUGCGAUCACUAUGAUGAUGCUGAAGCAAAUCUGACCGAUUAUGCUUGCGUCCGAGUAGAUCGGUUGGGUAAAACCUGCAGCAGACGAAUUAUUCAUCUCUGUGGAUGUUGUUCGUUUCCAAACCAAAACUGUUCUCCUUUGUUGUGUGGACCACCCGAGUACCUUAUCCACUCAGCACAGUCUUGCUUAUAUAAUGACUGGGAAGUUGAACACAAUUAUUAGUAAAUUAUUAAUGAGUCAAAUUCACGCGUUCAAGUACCCAGACUGAUUUGCAAUCCUGAAAACACCUGUAUCAAGCAAAGCUAAACAAAAGACGUCCUUUCGGCGUGUGAGUUGGCAGUAAACACAGACAUAUACGAAGACGAAAGCGUCG